UAUGCGUGUGGUUUUGCAGUGUUCAAUUUCACUACAGAACAACUAUAUGAUGUUGCAGAGGUAAUCAAUUUCACUACCGGACAACUACAUGAUGUUGCAGAGGUAACGAAAACUGCUUACGAUGCGUGCAACACUACCAAUAAUAUAUACACCGUCAGCACCGGACCGGCAAGUAUUCCUCUUAACAGGCCCGAAGUUUUUUACUUCACUUGUACUGUCCCCGGUCACUGUUCCGGCGGGCAAAAGCUCCACGUCGAAGUUAGAAAUGGGAACAACCGUACCGCUGCGACGCCCACCUCGCCUGGAACUUCAAGUCCUCCUUCUGAGACCAACUCAGCUUCUUCCCUUGUUUCUACUCUGUCUCCUGUCUUCUUCAUGGCCAUUGCCUUAGUUUUGAUGUGCUGAUUAGGUUAUUAAUUCCAUUUUGCACUUUUUGUUAUUUGAUGUUAUGUGAGAUGAGAUCCAUUGUUUUACUAUGAUAGUGAUAAUCAUAUUUGUAAUGUUAUUUGAAUAAAUUUUGAUUCAUUUUUCUACA